UUUAUCCAUUCAAAAUGGCGGACAUAGAAGUGACCCCUCCCCCUCCUGAACCUUUGACAGCAAAAUCUAUAGAUAAGAUAGCAGUUCCUGAUGUGCCCGAGGGGGAGCACAGGCUCCAAUAUUCUUACAGCUUGUGGUUUAUGCAAAGGGGGCGUGGCUCUGUCUCAUCAGCCACUUCUGAUUAUGAAGAUCAGAUAAAACAUGUUGGUGCUUUCUCAAGUGUCGAGCAGUUUUGGUCAUACUAUUGUCACAUUGCCCAUCCAAGUGACCUCCCUCCUCAUUGUGAUAUUCACGUCUUUAAAAUGGGAAUCAAGCCAAUGUGGGAGGAUACGGCUAAUAAAGACGGUGGCAAAUGGAUAGUGAGAUUGAGGAAGGAAAUAUCAUCAAGAAGCUGGGAGAACUUGCUUUUAGCAAUGUUGGGUGAGCAGUUUAUUGUUGGUAAUGAGAUAUGUGGGGCAGUGAUAUCAGUAAGACCAACUGAGGACAUUGUAUCAAUAUGGAACAGGACAGCUAGUAAUGAUAGCAUUGUAGGAAAGAUAAGGGACACUCUUCAAAGAAUAUUACAAUUGCCAUCUCAGACAAUCAUGGAAUACAAGGCUCACGAUCAGAGCUUAAAGGAUAAAUCUAGUUUCAGAAACACAGCCCUUUAUGUGCGUUAGCAUGUGCUAAGGGAAAGUUCAGUUGUUUUAUAUGUGAAGGAGAGAGAGAGACAAGAGUCAGUGCUCAAUCAUUUUUUCAGUAAUAUUUUUUGCACAAUA